UGACCGCAGACGCUCCGAGCCGUGAGUGACAACAUCUCCGCGGUCGGAACGAAAACAAAGUGUCGCUGCUGUGUGUGCGGAAGUUCACGGAGGACCCGGCCGUUUCUCAUCGCAGUUGCUGUCCAGAACACUCGCGGACACGAGGGACGUGUGCGCACUUCCCCAGCGGCGACUCCGAACUUGGGUCCGUCUGACCUUCAGCAGGCUUCAUCCACCUCUCGGGCUGGACUGCGGUGCACUGACCUCGUCUCGCCCUCCCCUGCCCCCCCGACCCCCAGCCAUGGCCUCGCGCACUGGCUUGAGGUUGCAGCUGAUGCGAGACAAGCUGCAGCAGGAGGAGCAGCGCGAGCGGCAGCAGCAGCAGAAUGCAGCCAUGCAGUUCAUGCAGCAGCGCAUGGCGGCGCCACCUGCCCCGACGCCGGCCAUCAGCACUCCACAAACUUUCCAAAGCAUGCAAGUCCCGGUGGAGGUUCUCAAGGUCCAGACUCACCUGGAGAAUCCCACCGACUACCACAUCCGUCAGUCUCGGAGGCAGCAGGUGAAAGAGUACCUGUCGACAACCUACGCUACCAAACAGACCAUCCAUGCUGUAGCAGGGCCUGUGCCACCCUCCCCGACAGGGGUCUCAGCAUCAGCCCCCGCUCCUCUCCACUCCCCACGUGUGUGCACCGAGCAGUUCAUAUCCGGCAACAGUGCGCCCAACAGCCCCAUGGCGAUGCUCAACAUCAACUCCAGCCAUGAGAAAGAGAUGGACGACGUCAUCGAUGACAUCAUCAGCAUGCAGUCUAGCUAUGAUGAUAUCCAAGCCUACAUGGAGUCUGUUCAGAUGCCAAACACACUGCCGCUCUCCAGCAGCCACCUGGACGUGUACACCGGUCCUGGGAUGAAGGGUCCAACCAUUGGCAUGACCAGCAACUCCUGUCCGGCCAACCUCACCAUCAAACGUGAACUCUCAGAGGUCCGAGCGCUGGCCAAGGAGAGACAGAAGAAAGAUAACCACAAUCUGAUUGAAAGAAGAAGACGGUUCAACAUCAAUGAUCGCAUUAAGGAGCUGGGCACCAUGAUUCCCAAAACCAAUGACCUUGACGUGCGCUGGAACAAAGGCACCAUACUGAGGGCGUCGGUGGAGUACAUCAAGCGCAUGCAGAAGGAUGUGCAGAGGACCAGAGAGGUGGAAAAUAACUUCAAGCGGAUGGAGAUGGCCAACAAACAGUUAUUAUUGCGCAUCCAGGAGUUGGAGAUGCAGGCUCACAUCCACGGCCUCCCCAGCACCUCCCCCUCCGGCUUGAACCCCACAGAGCUGAUGGCUCCUUUCAUUAAACAGGAGACCAGUCCGGAGGAGAACCUGGCUCACCACCAGCAAGCGCACGCCCACCACCAGCACGUAUCCCAGAACCAAGCUCACCCACAGGCCCAGCAGCACCACUUCCUCCCUCCGAACCAGCACCACCACCACCACCAGGCUCCGCCGCAGCCCCGGCAGAUGCAGCUGCCCCCCCAGCACCUUCAAACCCAGCAGCCCAUCCAGUACCCGGCUGUUGGAAGCUCCCAGCCCUUUGACUUUAGCCAGUCCUUGGACUUGUGCGACGGGAUGCCCGCGUUCUCCGACAGCAUGUCGGGGCUGGGGGACCUGGCUGGACUGGACGUCCAGGGCAGAAGAGGCGACCUCAGCUUCCUGAUGAUGGACGAGCCCCUGUCCCCGAUGGGCGGAGACCCGCUCCUCUCCGCCAUGUCCCCAGAAGCCUCUGUCGACUCAAGUCGCCGCUCCAGCUUCAGCAUAGAGGAUGGAGACGUACUGUAGAUACACACUCCCCCCGCACUCCCAUACCAGCGCUCCCACCCCGACACACACACACACACGUCAGAGCGGCGUCACAAUGGUGCGCGCCAACACAACCGCUCCGAGGUGCCUGUCAGACUGGACAUUUACAAGGCGCGAGUCGAUGCCGGCGGGUCAGGAGUUCCCCAGCCUGCUUGUUUCCAUGAGGCGGCCUCGGAAUCUUAAUUGAACACGGGACAAAAGCGGCAGUUAAUUAGAGCGGAGUGAUCAGAUACGCGGCUAUGCAUCGUUCCACUUUAUGGAGGACAAGUUUUUUUCCACGUCAAUGGGGUUUAAUAAUUAUAAAUGAUGGCCUGAACAAUAGCCAAUCAAGUGGAAGUCUUCACAGACCGGCAUGAAUAAUUCAGCCUCCAGCGACUCUCACAUUUGUUUUUGUUUUUUUUUAAACUUCACCUGUGUCGGCUUCACACCUCGCACUUGUAAAUGUUUCCUCUCAACACUUGUUCACCGUUCCACCUUCUAAACAGGGUAUAAAGACUCUGGCGACCAGGAGCAGUUAACCUCUACCACAUCAGGCUCACAGCCCUUUUAACCCUGCUGCUGCUCUUCAUAGGAGUUUGAAGGUGCAGAUCUGAGUGCCUUUCAAGUGCCUGUAAAUGCUUUGCACCAAAUACAGCUAUUAUCCAAGGAGAAUGCAUCUUUCACAGCUUCACUCACUCCUUUCUGUGGAACGUCUUAACACACAGCCGUGAUAUAGACUUGUUCUGGAAGCCUUUAACAACGGCAUCAUAAUCAAUACAGCGAAACUAAAAGUCACGGUCGCCAAAGGAAAGUAGACAGGGAGGUUUUUAAUAAGAAAAAUGCCAAAGCUUGAAGCGUGGAAAAUCACACGGUGCCUUUCUGUCCGCUCAAUUAUGUAGCUGUGCGUCCUCCUUGCAACAAGUACGUGUUUGCAGUCUCCACGUAUGUAUUGAUGGCUGUUGCCUCUGCUCAUCCAAGAACAGGAGGACUGGACUCAUUUGGAGCACAAAAUCCACCAUGUGGGGGAAAGUAUUUAUCACUGAGUUCAGCUAAAUGAACUGUUUUGGCAGCUCCUGCAACUCUUCGGGUAGUAAACCAUUUCCCUUGGUCAGCACUGUCACGCUCCACUGCGCCACAAGUGUCUUUAUCUGUGGACUUCGUCUGCGAAUCCAAGUGUUGUCCGGCCUGCUGCAAAGAAACACUGCAGCCACGUGUUGAACCAGCGGGUUCAUUUUCUGCAAUGAUCAGUAGAGACGGGAGAGAAAUGAAUAUAAUAAACUUUCUGUCUUGAUUUGAAUUUUGUGAUGACUUCAUCUCCAAAAGCACUGGAAACUAUAUUAUUGUGUGUAUGGAUUCAUUUAGAUGUUUUUUUUUGUUGCCAAAGCCACUUACAUGUCCUUUUUUUUUUUUUUUAAUUUAAAUGUGUAUUCCAAACCGCCCUUUCUUCUCAUCGCUGUGCACUGUAAUGGUGUUAAACCACUGGGGGAAAAAACAGGGAGUGAAACUCAUGUAUUUAUAAAACACAACUCAGUUCAGUCCGGGCUCAAGCUCACCUGUUCCACAAUGUGCCUUUCUGUCUUCUAGAUUGUUGUGUUCAUUCACUGUAAUUCUGAUCCAAGAAACCGGGGUUUCUGUUUCUCUGUGAACGCCCCAUCAACACUCCGAUGGUGCUCAACGUCCCUUUGCACAACAACACUGGGAAAUUUGGUACUCAUUUGACGGAUGAUAUAAAA